AUGGGUAGAGACGCACAAAAGAGGGUCAGCCUGACCUUCCUCUCAACCGGCUCAGUCCGCAUCAAACUCCCCAUCAAAAGUCAACCCGUAAAAUCCUACCUCGACCAAUUCGUCACCCUCCGCCGCUUCCGCUGCAUCGCAAACCGUCAAUGGACAGAACCCCUCCCCAUCGGCGUCUUCCUCAUCGCCCACCCAGACGGGCCGAUCCUCUUCGACACGGGCGAGUCACCCUGCUUCAAUGACCCGGGUUACCUCCCCUACCUGUCCCCGACAAAAAUGUUCAGCAGCGUGGACAUCAAGCCCGAAGACGGCAUCGUCAAGCAGUUGCAGCGGCUUGGUGUGGAACAGAGUGAUUUGCAGGCUAUCGUGCUGUCACAUCUCCACGGCGAUCAUGCAGGCGGGUUGAAGGCUCUGAAGGAGGCCGCGCCGGAUGUUCCUGUGUUUGUGAGCAAGGAGCAUUGGGCUGCGUUUGGGAAUAGUCCCAUGACCGCGACGCUCGCGGGAUGUGUGCCGCAGCACUGGCCGGAAGAAUUCCAACCAACACUCGUGGACUUUUCGGCCGGUGCGGUGGGGCCGUGGGAGACGUCUUGUCGGAUCACGGCUGACGGGAAGGUUGUGGCGGUGCAUACACCCGGCCAUGUCCCCGGUCACAUUUCGCUAGUUGUGUAUGGCGAUAACGAAGACGGGACCACUUCGACCUAUUGCUUGCUUGGAGACGCGAGCUACGGCAUAGAUCUGCUGGAUAAGGAAGAGCCGGAUGGAAUCAACGAUGAUCCCAUGUCGGCACUGGACCGCUUGCGGAAAAUCAAGGCGUUUGCGAAACAUAAUGAUGUGGUUGUUCUUCCAAGUCAUGAUCCCCAUACCCCGCGCUUGUUGAAAGAGCGCGUUCUGUACAAGCCGCAGGACAUCUGA